CAUAAUAUUUAGGUCAACAAGAUAAAUUGAGCGAAGCGAUUCCGAAUUGAAUCAGUUUAGUUCAACUUGUCGCCGAAUCAACGCACGACAUGUACGUUUUACUCGCGAUAGUUGUAGUCCUCUUGACGUACGUCCUGUUCGAUCGUUGGGAAAGGCACAAGAAAUACAAGAAUGUUUCCAAGAUACCCGGACCGCCCACAAGUUGGUUGUAUGGAAGUAUUGUCGAUUAUGGUUCUACAAACGGCGACCGUUUACGGAAGCAAGUGGACCUGGUGCGAGAGUACGGACUGAUGGUGCGCUUGUGGCGCGGCUCGCAAUUGUCGAUCAUAUUAUCGGAUCCGGACAAACUGCAAUGGCUGCUCAGCUCAAACGAGCACAUCGCUAAAUCGCCUGGGUAUAACGGCUGGAAGCUCUGGCUGGGCAAAGGCCUGCUCACUAGCGAAGGAAAUUAUUGGCGGAAGCACCGGAAGAUCAUCACGCCGACGUUCAAUUUUAAGAUUCUAGAGCAAUUUACCACGUACAUCAAUUCCAACUCAAAAACUCUGAUAGACCUGCUCAAAAAAGAAGUCGGAAAGAAAUCGUUUGAUAUCGCGCCCUUUAUCAGGAAUUACAACAUCGACGUGAUCGGAGAAACGGCGAUGAAUACGAAAAUCAACGCGCAACUGAAUCCGAUAUUGGAUUAUACCGAGGCGGCCGAGGGUUACAUGGACAUCUACAUCCGGCGCUACUUCUCGUUCUUCAAGCAAUUCGAUUUGUUUUUCAAAUGGACCGACGACUACAAGCGCCAACAGAAUUACGUCAACUCGCUGAAAGGCCAAACGGAGAAGUUCAUCCAGCAGCGCAAGCUGGAACGCGCGAUGGAGGCCAAACAGAAAGAUACCGAUAACGCAGAAUUUGGCAUCAAAAAAACCAAGGCGUUUCUAGAUCUGCUGCUUGAUCUGCAAGGCGAGGACUUAAUGACCGACGAGGAGAUCCGCCAGGAAGUUGAUACGUUCAUGUUUGCUGGUCACGACACGGUCACGUCCAGCACGAUGUUCUGCCUGCUCGAGUUGGCCAACCAUGCAGACAUUCAGCGCACAGUUUACGCCGAAAUAAAAGACUUCCUUGGAGCGAACCCAGCGUCGGAUGUUAGUUUCGGCGAGAUUCAGAACCUCGAAUAUCUAGACCUCGUCGUUAAGGAGACGCUGAGGUUCCACUCGGUGGUGCCGUUCAUCGAGCGCGAGCUGAAUUCGGAUGUGACUUGGGAUGGAAUCUGCCUGCCCAAGGGUACGGUCAUUUCAAUCCUUCCGUAUGCAAUUCAUCGCUCCGAACGAUUCUAUGAGAAGCCGGACGUUUUCGAUCCGGAUAGAUUCCUGCGGGAGAAUGCGGAGCAACGACACACGUACGCGUACAUCCCUUUUAGCGCCGGACCAAGAAAUUGCGUUGGUCAACGCUAUGCCCUUUUGGCGACGAAGGCCGCCGUUGUUCAAAUCCUCAAGAACUUUGAGUUAUUACCAGCCGAACCUAAAUUCACUCCAGAGAUUACUAAUACGGCAGUGCUUAAAACCGAAAAUGGAAUUUGCAUUCAACUCAAAAUGCGGGAGCAUUAAAUACAUUUAAAUACAAAAAUAUCGACCAUGGUGUUGAAGAUUUCGAGGUUAGUUGAAUGUCAAAAACGUUCCUUCUGUGCACUUGUGCGCAAAAGUGAAAAUUCCCAUCCGCUUGAGUUUUAAUUAAAAAUAAAAUAUUUUUCUGUA